AUGUCUACUGCAAUCUCUACCGGAAAGAAGCGACGUGCUCCCAUUGCAUGCACGGCUUGCCAUGUUCGGAAAGUCCGUUGCAAUGUCGUCCUUGUUGGCCAGCCCUGCUCCAACUGCCACCAAGACCAGACUGAAUGUGCUUUGCAUGUCUCGGCCAGAGGUAAACACAAACGGCGAAAACUGAACAAGAAUAACCACGCCCGCUCUGGCACGCCCGCUUCGUUGUCUUCGGCUGGACCAACUGCGGAGGCUCAUAACCCCCCAACGGGCUCUACCGAUCUUCCGGACUCGAAUCACUCGAUCGCCCUGCCAUUAGAACCACCAUCGCGGGAUGAGUAUGAGUCCAAGGCCAAUGUGGAAGCUUACAGGAAUAUUGUCGAUGCAGUUGAGACGAGCGGAGCCAAGGUCCCGCUGUAUGUCGGCGAGCUCCAAUCGCUUCGUUUCAUAUUCCAUGUGGCCAGAGACAAGAGCAUCGCCUCCAAGGCCCAUUACCUAGUUCCUCAGCCAAAGAGGCGUCAAUUGUCACCGGAAGAGUACGCCUGUCUACAGGCCAAGGGGGCAUUCUCAACGGAGUCGGAUGACCUGAGGGACGAGCUCCUUGGCCUGUUUUUCGAUUAUGUCUACCCGAUCCUGCCGAUUGUGGACCCUUACGAUUUUCGUCGUCGGUACGAGGCUGGCGGUGUCCAAAGCAUCAGUCCGCUCUUGCUUCAGAGCAUGUUUCUUGCUGCAUGCAACUUUAUCUCGACAGAUGGGCUCACAAGGUCCGGCUGGCCGUCGCUCAAGCAUAUGAAGAGAAGAUUCUACGAGAGAGCCAAGGCACUUUACGACUUCGAGUACGAAACGGACAAGAUAUGCCUGAUCCAAUCAGUCCUACUGCUUGGUUAUUGGUUGGGACAAGCCCACGACAGGACCGACAGCUGGCACUGGGUAGGUGUAGCAAUCAGCUUGAGCCAGAGCGUCGGUUUUCACCGUGAUCCGGGCUUCUCAGAUGUGCCUCCGUCUCAGCGCAGCCUAUGGAGGAGGAUCUGGUGGUGUUGCUUCUACCGGGACAGAUGCAUCGCGCUGGGAAUGGGACGGGCGUUCCGCAUCAACGCCAAAGACUGUGACGUGAAGGAACUUACCCUUGAAGACCUCGUGCACACCACGCCCAGCUCCUCGACGUCGUCGUCCAACUCAACCUGGAAUUUGAAUGAGGAAAGCGCAGCCAUUGUGGCCAAGUGCAAUAGCUACGCCCCAAUAUUUUUGGAGAUUGUCAAAUUGAGCCAGAUCUUGGGCGAAGUGCUUGCGUCUGUGUACAGGCCCAGAAGUGAGCCGAUUUCGUGGAGCGCGGUGGAAUUCCUUGAAGACAAGCUCGCUCGCUGGCAGGUGGCCCUCGGCCCGCGAUGUCGAGUCGACACUCCGCUUACUACCUUGAACGAACCCAUUGCCAUGACAUUGCACAAAUACUACAUCCAGAUCCUGCAUCAUGUCACAGUGGUUACCAUGUACAAACCUUUCGUCUUCCAAGACGGCAUACUCCCGACUCGACCUGAAAGGGAUAUCCGCGCACGGAUCGCGUGGGAAGGAUGCCAGUUGUCGGCAUUCGCGGCAACAGACGGCUUCCGAAAGCUCAGCGAGCUCGAGCUCGUCCGAUUCCUACCUCCUGAAAGGCAAGACAAGACGACUUUCUUUUUCUUCCUCAACAUCUUCUCACCUAACCUUAUCGGUCUCUAUUUCAGCUCGGUGGGCGAUGUGACGAUGCUCAUCUCUAUUAUCGCGAUCCUCUUCGUGGCAAAAUGCCUCUCGACAGGCAUGAAAUGGCACCUGGCGAGCCAGAACCUUGACCUCGCCAUGCUGGUCGUCCAGCAGUUACAGGAGAAGUACCUGGCCGCCAGGUUCAUCUUCGCGUACUACACGGCGGCGUUUGAAAAGGUGUGCCCCUCCCAACGACCGCAGUUGGAUGCCGCCUCGACGUCAGCACCGGCAUCUUCUACUUUGCCAGCGGCCUCCUGCUCCAAUGCAUUUCCCACCUCGACCGCUUCUUCCAUCACCACUAAUACCGCCAACGUUGAAAAUAUCCCGAGAAUAUAUGACAGAGGCGUCGAGGCGCGCGGCGGUGGCCCUAGCACGGCCAGCCCGUUCAACGCGGUCGAGUCCUUCUCCUCGGGACAGGAGGAUCAUCUGGGCACUUGGGCGGAGUGUUUCCCGGCGAGCAUGGCCGCGGAUUUUGACAUCUUGUUCGGGGCCGAGGGCAUCAUGAGAGGGUUUGAGGAACUUGUUUAA